UGGUCAUGCUAUUCUACUUCUCAGGUUUUGCAAAGCAUUCCUCUUUCUGGUAGUUUAUGAAAUUCUAACCUUCCGAUGUCGAAUUAUGUUGAGGAGAUCAAAUUUUACCAAGUACGUCAGGAAAAAUCUAUCAGCUUUUCACAAAUGCCCAUGUUUAUGCAUGUGCUCUUCUGGAAAUAGUAGUGAUAGUGGUGGUGAUCGUACUUGCUUGGAUGAAUCAGAGAGUAAGAACGAAUGGGAAAGAUUAUUGAGGCCUUUUGACCUUCAAGAGCUUAGGAGAUCACUCAAUUGGAUCACACCAGAGCGGCUGUGUAAGUUACUAGAGCUCCCUCUCGAUGUACCCACAUCGAUGGCCAUAUUUGAUUGGGCUGGCACCCAGAAGGGUUAUUCACAUACUUUUAGUGUUUAUUAUUUGCUAAUUGAUAAGCUUGGAGCUGCAGAGGAAUUCAAGACCAUUGAUAGAUUAUUGCUGCAGAUGAAGGACGAAGGGUUGGUUUUCAGAGAAGCCCUUUUUAUAGUGAUUAUGAAAUGGUAUGGGAGAGCUGGUUUCCCUGGGCAAGCAACGGAAGUGCUAAUGGAGAUGAAGGAUGUCUUUGGCUGCGAGCCUACUUUCAGAUCGUAUAAUGUUGCUUUGGAGCUACUGGUUGCUGGAAAUUGUCACAAAACUGUCCAUGUUCUGUUCAAGGAAAUGUUGGUUAAGGAUGUUUCCCCUAGUGUCUUCACUUUUGGAGUGGUAAUUAAAGCCCUCUGUUCAGUGAAUGAGGUGGAUUAUGCCUGCUCACUCCUAAGGGAAAUGACAAAGCAUGGCUGUGUACCCAAUUCAGUAAUUUAUCAGACUCUGAUACAUGCCCUCAGCAAGGAUGAUAGAGUGAAGGAGGCAUUGAAGCUCUUGGAAGAAAUGUUUCUGAUGGGCUGCACACCUGAUGUGAAUACCUUCAAUGAUGUUAUCCAUGGUCUUUGUAGGCUUGGUCGGAUACAUGAGGCAGCGAAGUUGGUUGAUAGGAUGCUUCUUCGUGGUUUCAGCCCUGAUUCUAUAACUUAUGGGGUCUUGAUGAAUGCAUUAUGUAGAAGUGGCCGGGUUGAUGAAGCAAGAGCUCUGUUGGACAAAGUACCUGCGCCUAAUGUAGUGUUGUUUAAUACCUUGAUCAAUGGGUAUGUGAUAGUUGGACGUUUUCAUGAAGCCAAAGCUGUUCUUUUUGAAAAUAUGUUACCUUUUGGGUGCAGUCCUGAUGUGUUCACUUAUAACAUCCUAAUCCAUGGUCUAUGUAAGGUGGGUUGUAUGGUUUCAGCUCAAGAACUAGUGCAUGAGAUGGAAAUCAAAGGCUGUGAGCCCAAUGUGAUCACGUACACAAUUUUGAUUGAUGGGUUCUGCAGGCAAGGUCGACUCAAAGAAGUCAAUGACGUUUUAGAGGAGAUAUCAGCCAAGGGACUUGGCCUAAACACUGUUGGAUACAAUUGUCUUAUGUGUGCGCUUUGCAAGAAAGGAAAGAUUGGUGAGGCGGUAGAAAUUUUUGGUAGGAUGUCAAGUGAAGGAUGCAAACCUGAUAUAUUCACGUUCAAUUCUCUAAUACAUGGUUUAUGCAAUGCUGACCGCAUUGAAGAGGCAUUAGGAGUUCAUCAGGAUAUGUUAUUGGAGGGUGUAAUUGCCAACAAUGUAACUUAUAAUACAUUGAUUCAUGCCUUUUUAAGGAAAGGUGCAUUGCAAGAAGCACUGAAGCUAGUCAACGAAAUGGUGUUUCGAGGUUGCCGUCUUGAUGUCAUUACAUAUAAUGGUCUAAUAAAGGGGCUCUGCAAAGCAGGAGCUGUUGAGAAGGGUUUGGCGUUGUUUGAAGAAAUGGUGAGAAAGGGUGUUACCCCAAAUAAUAUUUCAUGCAACAUUUUGAUCAAUGGCCUUUGCAAAACAGGGAGGGUACAAACUGCUCUUGAGCUUUUAAGGGACAUGAUUCACCGUGGAUUGACACCAGAUAUUGUCACCUAUAAUAGCCUCAUGAAUGGUCUUUGCAAGGCAGGACAUAUUCGGGAGGCUUUGAACCUCUUGGACAAGUUACAAGUUGAAGGGAUUGCUCCUGACACUAUUACAUAUAACAUUCUAAUCAGUUGGCACUGCAAGGAGGGCAUGCUUGAUGAAGCUAUAUUAAUUCUAGGUAGGGGAAUUGACAGUGGAAUCAUACCUGACGCCAGGACAUGGAAUAUACUGGUUAACAAUUUUGUUAGAGAGGGAGAAAGGGAAACUUGGACAGUGAGGUAGUGACUGAAGGGAUACUUUCCCUUGUGCAGUAUUAAUUCAGCCUUGAGCGUACUUCACAAAGCAUGGCAUGGUGUAACUGCAUCACCAAUCAUAUUUUGCUGCAAUUGAAUUCUCUAUUUAUUCUCCGGUAACUGCUCAUCGUAUAACCCAUGAACUUUUUAUUUCACAAUAUGUUGUUGAAACUUUAUCAUUCUUAGAAAGCUAAUCCCUAAACUAAUCUCUCAACAUUUUAUCAAAACAGAGUACACUGAACACAUACUAUACCACGUUCGCUCUACUGAAUCAAAUGGCUUUUGUUGAAGGCUUAAAAAGUGAGGUUGGAACACCACCAGUGAUCGGCUAAAUGUUGAGAUUUCACCUGUAACCUUUGGAUUGUGUAUCAAGACUCGAGAUGUUUGAAACUCCUUGAGAUAAGCCGAAAGGUGUUGAGAAAUAAGCCUUCAGUCAAAUUUAUUUGGCAUCUGAUGACUUCAUGUGGAAGUCACUGUGCUUGGUGAGAGAUUUAGACACUAUAAAUGUAUGAGUUUAUGGUAGUGGAAUUAGUUUAAAGUACUGUACGACCAUUAAUAGAAUACUGCUCUGAUUUCAGAUUUGGUUUGAGGCAACUGAUGUGAGUCUUAACUGGUUUGAAGUGAGACAGGAGAGUCUGCUGUACCAGGAGAAAUUUUAUACUUAGGGUUGAUGAAGCUGUUAAGAAUCCAAAUCUGUCUUCACUUGUGCUUAAUGGUGGAGGGGAUGCAAGUCAAGUAUUAAAAUUUUUGGUUAACCAGAAUUGUUUGAGUCAACUGGUGAAGUCAAUAUGCUAUGUUGAUGAAUUUAUUCAGUAGUUACUGCCAUGUGUUCCCAAUUUUAGAGACUCCAAAAGCAAGAUUCAAAGGAUGGGAGCCUGGGAUUCAGAGUAAGUAGGUGUUUACUCUAUGGUAAUGUAGGUUUAUUUCCUUUUGUUCUUGUGGUUAUAGAUUUGCAUGGUCUUUUCAUUCUUCUUAUUAUGAUUUUUUGUAUGAAAUUAUUCAGGCGUGCUACCAUUGGCAUGAGUCUAAUUGUAGGAACUAGGAGUUGAGAUUGCUCUUGGUAGGUGUUCUGGUUCUCUCACUCUCUUUGCUCAUAUAGAUUGAUUUCCUUUUGCCACUGUGGUUAUGAAUUUGCAUUUUUUUCUUUUGGUUAU